CCUGUUCCUCACUCCAUCGCUGCGCAGUCUUCCCGCGCCGGCUUCUUUAGUGUGAGCUCUUGGCUUGACAGCCGGGUCAGCAGUCAUCUCCUGUACUGUCCACAGUCUCUGGUCAUCUCCUGUACUGUCCGCAGUCUCUGGUCAUCUCCUGCACUGUCCGCAGUCUCUGGUCAUCUCCUGUACUGUCCGCCGUCUCUGGUCAUCCCCUGCACUGUUCGCAGUCUCUGGUCAUCCCCUGCACUGUCCGCAGUCACUGGUCAUCCCCUGUACUAUGUCCGCAGUGUCUUGGUCAUCCCCUAUACUGUCCGCAGUGUCUUGGUCAUUCCCUAUACUGUCCACAGUCUCUGGUCAUCCUCUGUACUGUCCACAGUCUCUGGUCAUCUCCUGUACUGUGUCUGCAGUCUCUGGUCAUCUCCUGUACUAUGUCCGCAGUCUCUGGUCAUCUCCUGUACUGUGUCUGCAGUCUCUGGUCAUCUCCUGUACUGUGUCUGCAGUCUCUGGUCAUCUCCUGUGUAGUGUGUCCGCAGUCUCUGGUCAUCUCCUG